UUAUUUCAUAAAGUUAGCCAUUUUAUUAUAAACAACAACACAAAAAAGUCUAAAACAGACCAAAGGUGCUAUAUGUAUGAGUUAAUAUGAAAAGCAGUGUUAAUUCCAUAUUCUUUGCUUAAUUUUCUCAUAUUAGUUAGCCCCUCUUCUUUCCAUGUCUUCCUUUUCUUUCUCCCCUAAUACACACAUAUAUAUUUAUAAAACAAAUGCAUCUCUCUUAACUUCUCUGUUCUCUUCUUUGUGAGAAACAAAACAAAAAAAGAAGAGAAAAAAAAAGAGAGAAUGAAAGGAUCAUUAAUGACAACUAAAGCUCUUCUUUUGUUCCUUAAUUGUGUGAUUAUCAUAGAAUUAAUGAGUCAUCUUAUGGUGAUUGAAGUUUAUGGAGCUACUUCAAUGGCUAAUCAGUUUCCAGGUGGUCGUUUUUUGCAUGAUUAUCAUGGUACUAAUCUUGUAAGAAAAAUGCAAGCUUUCAAGAAAUCUAUUGCUGCUUCACCUUCUUCAUUGAUUUCUCCUUCUCCUACUUUUACUCCUUCUCAGGGGACGACAACAAGCUCACGAGCAUACCAUGUAACAUCAUAUGGGGCGGAUCCAACAGGAAAAACGGAUAGCACAGAAGCACUUCUUAAGGCAUUUAAAGAUGUUAGUGAGGGAAUAAGCAAUGGAUUUUUAAUGGAUGGUAUUAAGAAUCUUGGUGGUGUAGAAAUUAAUCUUGAUGGUGGAAUUUACUUAAUUAGUCGUCCUCUCCAAUUUUCAACCAUCAACCUUGGAAAUGUUUUGAUACAUGGAGGAACUCUACGAGCAUCAGACAAUUUUGCAAGUGAUCGAUAUCUCAUUGAACUAUCAUCAUCAUCACCUUCUUCUGAAAACAAUAAAGAAAACACAACUUCAUCAUCAGACCAAAAGAUUAGCACUUCUUCAUCAUCCUACAACUUUGAAUACAUAACAUUCAGAGACAUUAUGUUAGAUUCCAACUUUAAAGGUGGUGGAAUUGCAGUUAUAAACUCACUCAGAGUUAGCAUAGACAAUUGCUACAUUGUCCAUUUUACUUCAGAAGGCAUUCAUGUCGAAAGCGGACACGAAACUCUGAUCAGAAAUUCAUUCCUAGGCCAACAUAUAACAGCAGGAAAAGAUUCCGGGGAAAGAAACUUUACAGGCACAGGAAUUACCCUUACAGGAAAUGACAAUGUUGUUACUGAUGUAGUAAUUUUUUCAGCUGAUACCGGAAUAACAGUUUCGGGUCAGGCCAAUCUUUUAUCCGGGAUCCAUUGCUAUAACAAAGCAACCGGAUUCGGAGGAACAGGUAUCUAUUUGAAGUUAGCUGGUCUAACACAAACAAGGAUAGUAAAUUCUUAUCUUGAUUAUACAGGCAUUGUUGCAGAGGACCCUGUUCAACUGAUUAUAACUAACAACUUUUUCUUGGGAGAUGCCUUCAUUUCGUUUAAGUCCGUUAAGGGUGUGGCUAAUGGAGUCAACAUUGCAGACAAUAUUUUCUCCGGUUCAGGUAACGGAAUUGAUAUCGUGCAGUUAGAUGGGAGUUUUGGAGAUGUGGAUCAGAUUUUGAUUGAUCGGAAUAGUGUAAAAGGAAUGAAUGUGAAGUCUACUAUUGCAAAGGUAGCAGUCCAAGGGAAUGGAAGUUCUUGGACUGCUGAUUUUAAUGGGAUUCUUUUGUUUCCAAACCUUAUAAAACAUGUACAGUACACAUUAAGUACAAGUGGUAAUUCAUUCCCUAAUUACGCUUUGCGUAAUGUGUCGGAAAAUCGAGUGGUGAUCGAGUCGAGUGUGCCAGCUCCUACUAGUGUUUAUGUUAUGGUUGAUCAGGGAGUUGGAAGUUGAUUUGAUUGUAAUGUAAUUUCAGAGUAUUAUCUUUGGUACCAGAUACUCAUUGAAAUAUUCAUUCAAUGUUAUUAUUAGAUUUAGUAAAUAAUACUUAUAUCA